AAUGUCUACCCCUCGCCUACGGCCCAAUUUAUAAAUCUUGCCUCCACCAUGGAAAUACUCCAACUUAUCUUUUUGCAUUUUCCUUGUUUUUUUCCAAGCUGCAGGUUUGCUCUCUUGGCCUAGAAAAUCCGAGAUUCCGAUGGCACUAAAUCCAUUGCUUCCCCUCAUUUCAAUUCGUCUGUUGAUCUUCCUAGUGGCGUUGGCUCAGCCCAUUCAGACAAAAUAUAUUCCUAUUGGCUCAUCUCUUACCGCUAAUUCCAAAAAUUCUAAAUGGGUUUCAUCUAAUGGAGAUUUUGCAUUUGGAUUUUAUCCCGUUACUCCCUCUGUCUACCUAGUAGGCGUCUGGUUUGAUAGCAUAUCUGAUAAAACUCUAGCAUGGAUAGUCAAAACGGGCAACAGAGGGCUUACAGUUGAAGAGGGGUCUACUCUACAGCUCUCUGCCGUAGGGCUUCACCUUUUGGAUUCCACCAGGACGCGGCUGUGGGCUUCAAGUUACGCUGAAAGCGUAAAUCUAUCUGCGGCUGCAUUCCUAGACACUGGCAAUUUUGUGUUGAUUAAUUCGACAGAGAGCUACGUCUGGCAGAGCUUUGAUUUUCCUACAGACACACUCUUGCCGGGUCAAGUGUUCAAGUGGAAGUCUACCAUGUAUUCUAAAGCUUCUGCUACAAACUACUCAUCGGGCCGGUUCGAAUUGGUCUUACAAGAGGACGGUAAUUUGGUCCUUUAUCCAGUGGAGCGCGUUGGCGAGCAGCAGGGCGCUUACUGGUCUAGCAAUACCUAUCACUAUUCUGAUAAUCCCAUCAACUUGUUUUUUGAUGAGAGUGGAGACUUGUAUUUGAAAAACGACACUAGAAUUGAAAACAUCACUGAUGGCAAUAUAGAAGGCGGGCGAUAUCUGCGCAGAGUAACGCUCGAUAGUGACGGGAUUCUGAGGAUGUAUGUUUGGAAUGCAGAGGGAGAUACUUCCUGGUCAUCUGAAUGGGAAGCUGUGACAGAUCCAUGCUCGCAGGUGAAGGGUCAGUGUGGUCGCAAUGGCGUCUGUCAAGUAAGUAGCAUGAACCAGCCUCUUUGCGUUUGCCCUCCGGGAUUCCAUUUCACUGACAAAGACGACCACUUCAGGGGAUGCACAACUAACUCGCCCGCAGGGCAGAGCUGCUCUGAAAGAGCUGUGAUGUUAAAGCUUGACAACACGGAUUGGACGACAGACAUCAGCUAUGCAACAGACUUAAGUAACGACUACAUGGUGCUGGAUAAUGUUACCGAGAUCGAAUGCAAGAAGGCUUGCAUAGACGACUGUCUGUGCACGGUAGUCACCUUUGAAGGUCUAUUGUGUCACAAGAAACGUCUGCCUCUAAUUGAUGGCUAUCAAGCACCAGAAGUUAGAACUAAAACAUUCGUGAAAGUAAAGGGAGAUGCCCACUCUCCUCCCAUUUCUAAUCAAGCGCCUCUUCCUCGCCUGCCAAACGAGGGUACCAAGAAGGGCAAGGUAGAGCAGCGCCUGGUGAUCGGGAUAAGUCUCAUGGGCUGCUCCUCAGCGCUUGUGGCAGCAUCUAUACUAAUUAUUUGGUUGUGUUGGUGUGGUCGUGGAAAACUUGAAGAUGAGGAUGAGGAGGGUUUGGCAGCGUUUGCUUAUAAAGACAUAGAAUUCGCUACAGGAGGAUUCAAAGAAGUGUUGGGAAGAGGCGCCUUUGGACAGGUGUAUAAAGGCACACUUCCUGACGGCAGUGCAAUAGCCGUGAAGACCCUUGACAAACUGCUUUCCGAAUGCCUAGCGGAGAAGCAGUUUAGGACGGAGAUGAGCGUAAUAGGCAUGAGCCAUCACAAGAAUCUUGUUCAGAUUUAUGGCUUUUGCGACCAAGACUCGCACAAGCUUCUGGUCUAUGAAUACGUCACAAAUGGAUCGCUCGAUAGCACUUUAUUUGUAGACAACGGCUUUCUCAGUUGGAGGACGCGUGUUCAAAUCGCCACGGGAACAGCGCGGGGCAUCCUCUAUCUGCACGAAGAAUGCGCAGCGCAGGUUGUACACUGCGAUAUAAAGCCUCAAAACAUUUUGCUCGACGACAACUACAAUCCCAAGAUUUCAGAUUUUGGCUUGGCAAAAUUGAUGAAGGCAGAGCAGACUCGAACAUUUACAGGAGCUCGGGGCACAAAGGGCUACGUAGCGCCCGAAUGGUACAAAAACAUGGCAAUCACUGUCAAAGUGGAUGUUUACAGCUUUGGGGUGAUGUUAUUGGAAAUCAUUUGCUGCAGGGAAACCAUCAAGUUAGAAGCCCCAGAAAACGAAAUCUUUCUAUCCGAGUGGGUCUACGAGUGCUUGAAACAUAACUCACUUGACAAAUUAGUGGAGAAGCAGCGAUCAGAAGGCAUCAUAGUUGAUUCCACUCAGCUGGAAAGAAUGGUGUUGGUGGGUCUGUGGUGUAUUCAAGAAAACCCAGCGUUAAGACCAUCAAUGAAGAAGGUUGUUCAGAUGUUGGAAGGAACAGUGGAGAUUGCGUUGCCCCCUUCUCCAGAAUCUUUUAUCAGUUUACUUUGAUUGCUAGUAACUAUUUGCCCACAAAUAUAGCAGUCCUCUCUCUUCCUUCACAAAAUUAUGAUAAGUGCCUAUCUACCGUGAACCUCUGAUUUGUUAACUAGUAUUUCUUUGUGAAUCGCUGAUUUGUUUACAGUAUUUCUUUGUGAUUUUGUUGUUCCUCCUUGUGUAGGAACAUUGCGUUUGCUGUGUUAUUUUUCUAGCUCUUCUAAACUGUUAUAAUUGAAUAUUAGUUUU